AUGGUGGCUGAAAGGCGUGCUUGCGACGCUUGUUAUAAGCGGAAGAUCCAAUGCGAUCGAUCCGAACACGAUGAACUAUGCAACUGGUGCCGACACCAUGAUCUCCCCUGCACACUUAACCGAAUUAGGGGCAGGAAGAAGAAAACUAAGAGCUCAACCGAGAGUCUUGUCAAACGCCUUGAGCGAAUAGAACAAGGCAUAGCUAGGGCAAAGGCUAUCAAGCAAGGCGUGCAGAUACCUCCUGCUACUACUUCUGCUGCUGCUGCUACUUCUAUUGCUACUGCUAUUACUGCGGCUCCCGCUGCCGCCUCUCCAGCCUCAUUGGCUCCCUCUGACGGCUCCAGCCAAUUUCAUAGGAAGAUUACCCACGGUCAGGUCUGGUUUUCGGGCCAGAAGUUUGCUGCCAUCUGUUCCCGAAAUGGCAUUCCCCAUUUUACCUCUCUAGGAGAGCAGUGGAUAUACUCAAGAACAGGGCUAUGGCCUCAUUUCCGUAACGACGAUGCUUUUGCUUUCAGAGAAACGGAUCAUGUCCCCUCUGCGGCUUCAGCACUCCAGUCUUUGAAGGGGCCUGCGAAGCAGGCUGAGAUACAAAAGCUUCCGGAAAGAUGGAUCACACAGGCGUUGCUUGAUACGUUUACAGCAUCUGACUUUCGCCUCGUCUUCCCCGUGGUGGAACGCGAGUUAUUCGAGGAAACAAUACGAGUAGCGUAUGGUGCGCCAGUCACAGAUGCGACGAUUGAGGAGAUUGGUAGUAAAGCCUGUGUGCUUGCUUUUCUUUGUGUCACUAGUCAUCAUUUUGCUACUCAGGAUGCUGCCAAGCUUGUCGAUAGCGAUGCCUGUGCCAAGCAAGCGCAGUUGCUGAUAUCAGACUUUGUUGAAGACGCGAGCCUCACGACUUUGCAAGUAAUGGUCAUGCUGUUCCUCAAUGAGACACUAUGCGGCCAUUUGCAGGGGGCGUGCAUGUAUCACUCUAUCGCAUGUCGUACCGUUUGUAUCCUUGGAGGACACACUAUCGCCAACGAUCCACAUAAAACCACCAACCUCACUUUUCAGGAGCUUGAAGAACGCCAAAUCCGCCGACUCUUUUGGCUCUGCUAUCUCUUUGACAAAGACAUAGCUUUGAGAAACGGCCAGCCGCCCAUCAUCAGCGACGAAUUUUGCGAUCUUACCCUCCCCCAAGACUACAUAGCAAACCGCUUCUCGGAAGAGGCUUUCUCAGCCACAACCAGUUCUCAGGUGCCGUUUCUCCCUAGUGACUUACGUCUAAGUCUGCUUAAAUCGAAGGCUGUCAGCGCUCUCUACUCCGCCGGCUCGCUACGAAAGUCGGAUGCUGAGCUGCUCCGUACCAUCCGUGAACUUGACGAAGACCUGGAAAACUGGCGCGCUUCAAUUCCAUCGGAAUACGCGCCCGCGUUAUCUAUUCGCCAACAUGUCAAGCUUGCUGACACUCUGAACAUCAACACCAGUAUGCUGCAUAUCGAGCUGCACUUGGACUACCACUAUCUCUUGAACAUGAUACACUGCGCCAGUGGCCGAUGUGUGGUAGACUGGAGUGAGUCUGGGAAGGAAAUGAUUUUCGGCUUACAGUCCAGUCUUGACUUAUCCGUCGAGGCCAGCCGAUCGACUCUCAUCUAUCUGAGAGAAGCUGCACCACGACUGGCCGGUGAAGCGUUUUGGGUUUUCAUCUUUUACCCCGUUUCAGCCCUUUUGAGCAUAUUCUUCAAUCUUUUACGAAACCCUCAACAUGAAUAUGCUGAGCACGAUAUAGGCCUGUUGGCCUCGGCUACCAAAGUCAUUAGAAGCAUGCCUAUGCACAGAGUCACGACCCACGAACUCGAAUAUCUGCGUAGGAUGGACGCGUUUAUCGAGGAGCUAGGCCGUCUCUGCCAAGCAGCAACUGCAAAGGCUCGACAUGAGCACGGUGGAGUAGAGUAA